AUGCUCUACUCUCAGGAGAACCGUUUGGUAUACCGAUUCGACGCUGAAGAACUUUGGAUUGAUCCAUGGGGUCCAAACGCAUUUCGUAUCCGCUCGACCAAAGAAUCGCAAUAUCCAAAUCCUAAUGAAUUGUGGGCACUCCAGGAAAUCGAAAGCGCAGCUGCAACAAUCAGUGUAGAAGAAAAAGAAGCAUCAAUCACUAAUGGCUAUAUUCGCGCAACUAUUACCUCAAGAGGAAAAGUCAUAAUCUACAAUGGCGAAGGAAAGAUACUAUUAGAAGAAUACGCACGUCACCGUCUCGAUGUGACUGACCCAAAAUGUUCCGCAAUAAAUAUCGAAGCCCGAGAGUUUAAACCCAAUCCUGGUGGUAGUUCCACCCAUCACUUGACAGUGAGAUUCGAAUCUCAAGAUAAGAAUGAGAAACUCUUCGGAAUGGGUCAAUAUCAGCAACCUUAUCUGGAUCUUAAAGGUUUAGACCUCGAACUCGCGCAUCGAAAUUCUCAGGCUAGUGUACCAUUUGCACUCUCUUCGCGUGGUUAUGGAUUGUUAUGGAAUAACCCUUCCAUUGGUCGUGCUGUGUUUGGCAAGAAUAUAAUGUCGUUUGAAGCAUACUCGACCUCAUUCCUCGAUUAUUGGGUGGUGGCAGGUGACAGUCCUGCUGAGAUUGUGCAUCGUUAUGCUGGGGUGACAGGUACGGUUCCAAUGAUGCCAGAAUAUGGAUUGGGAUUCUGGCAGUGUAAAUUACGGUAUCAAACACAAGAGGAGCUAUUGGAAGUAGCCAGGGAGUACAAGAGAAGAGAAUUACCCAUCGAUCUCAUCGUGAUAGACUUCUUUCACUGGCCCAGACAAGGUGAUUGGAGAUUUGAUGAGAACUUUUGGCCGGAUCCUGGUGCGAUGAUUCAGGAACUCAAGGACAUGAACAUCGAGCUUAUGGUAUCUGUUUGGCCAACGGUUGAUACGCGCUCCGAGAACUUUGAAGAAAUGCUCGAAAGAGGAUACUUGGUACGAACAGAUAGAGGUAUUAGAAUCGUGAUGGAUUUUGAGGGUAACACGAUUCACUUUGAUGCUACGAAUCCAGGUGCCAGGAAUUAUAUCUGGGAGAAAGCGAAGAAGAACUAUUAUGAUAAAGGGAUUAAGGUUUUUUGGUUGGAUGAAGCUGAACCUGAAUAUACAGCCUAUGACUUCGAUAAUUAUCGAUACCAUCGUGGCACUAACCUUUCAAUUGGCAACACCUACCCCGUUGAAUACGCCCGAGCUUUCUACGAGGGUAUGGGGGCAGCAGGACAAAAGAAUAUCGUCAAUCUCCUCCGAUGCGCAUGGGCCGGAUCUCAAAAAUAUGGCACACUAGUCUGGAGUGGCGACAUUGCAUCAUCAUGGUCUUCAUUCAGAAAUCAAUUAGCUGCCGGUUUAAACAUGGGUAUUGCGGGGAUUCCUUGGUGGACAACAGAUAUCGGUGGUUUUCACGGCGGAGAUCCAAGUGAUCCGGCCUUUCGAGAGUUAUUCGUCAGGUGGUUUCAAUGGGGGACUUUCUGUCCGGUCAUGCGGCUACAUGGGGAUAGAGAGCCGAAACAACCAAAGGUUGGUGAAGGGGGUGGAUCGACUUGUCUUAGUGGUGCCCCUAAUGAAGUUUGGUCGUAUGGGGAGGAGGUAUAUGAGAUAUGCAAGAAGUAUAUGGGUAUUCGAGAGAAAAUGCGAGGCUAUAUACGAGAGCUGAUGGCAGAGGCUAGUAGUAAGGGAAGUCCGGUUAUGCGUCCUCUCUUCUACGAGUUCCCAAAUGAUAAACGGUGUUGGGAGAUUGAAGAACAAUAUAUGUUUGGGUCGAAAUAUUUGGUAUGUCCGGUGUUUGAGGCUGGAGCGAAACAUAUAAUGGUUUAUUUGCCGGCGGGGGCUCAGUGGUUGAGUGGUCAUGACGAGGAGGAGUGUUGGAGUGGAGGGCAGGAAAUUGAAGUGACUUGCUCUAUUGUCACUAUGCCCGUGUUCAUCAAGAAGUGUUAG